AUGCAGAAGAUCACCAACCCAACGAGUCUAUCAAUAGACAAAGACAUGCACCGUCUCCAAUAUCUUCAUCACAGUUUCGAGUCAUUCAACACGCGCGCUUUCCGUCAACCCACCACACCUCAAGUCUCAUCCACCUCGCAAAGGCAUUUUCCCCUUCCUUCUGCCAAAGUACCUUACCCAAGACCACUACCCCACGUUAAAGACCAUCGAAUUGCACCACAACUGCCGCCGAUAACUAACAAGCCUUUGCCAACUUCAGUCGGGUACGGACUUGCAUCCUCUUCCAAAGAUUUACCGGUGGUGAGGUCUAAACCACGCCCUUCGACAACUUCAGUCGAGCACAGACCGGUAUCCACUCCCCAACACUUACCCGUAAUCAAAUCUGAACCGCGCUCUCCAUCGCCGCCCCCUCGUCGGUCAGCUACGUCUGGUUCAAAACGAUUUUUUCCUGUCCCGCAGGACUGCACGCGAUUGAAUCCCAACUACGUCGCCAACCGGCGGAACUGGGCCCAAAGAGAGUGUGUUGGUCUCCGAGAACUUGGGUUACACAUAACCAAAUAUUUCUUCCGUGAUGAUGGUAUGGUCAUCGAAUGGACUAGUAAGGAGGAGGUCUGGCUGGAUACACUACUCCACGUAAAAGGAAAGGCCCCCGUUAAGGAACCGGAAAUUAUCGACGUGGACGCCGAAUCGGAUUCAGAGCCACCCGACAUGCGUAGUCGCAGUGCGAAUGCUAUUUCUCCCACUCCUACUCCCAUACAUUCCCUUGUUCUUUCUCCGGAACAUUCCACCGUAGAAGAUGAAGAAGAGCCCAUGUCCUUCGAAGAAGAGGAAACUCACCUCCACCAGUGCGCGUUAAAUUUUCUGCAAAAAUUUAUCACAACGUUCGAUGCCGACCGCGCAUCUCUAGUCACAGCCUACUCAGAUGAUGCCACUCUUUCCUUCAGAGACAACAACUUUGCUCACCCUCAGCAUUUCACCGUCCGCAGGUCUUCGGCAGCCAAUUCCAAACCUUCUUUGCCUAAAAUACCGGUUCUGGAUGGAUUUCGCUUUGUUCACCCAGGUGGAUGGGUUAACGUCGAUUAUGAUGUGCUGGUGCUCGACCCGCCCAACUUACCUGCUGGCAAAUCACCAACAACGGAUGUCAUGCUAAGCAUCCAUGGUGAGGUCGUAGAUGCUGACCAAAGAGCCCUUGCCAUCGAUCAGGCAUUCGUCUUGCGCAAGUGCAAGGGCGCUCAUCAGUGGCCGUUGAUUGUUCUGUCGCAUGAAAUGGUGGUCCGCGACACACCAUGGGUACAAUGGACUGGAAAACCAGAGGAUUUAGAAUAUUCGUAG